GCCUUCGAAGCCGAAUGGGCGGGAAAAGCCGCCAGAGAAGCUGAGCUGAGGAGAAAAGUCACCCGGCCGGGUCUGAUGACGGUGAGUGAAUUGGCAAUAAACGAGUGAUUAUAUAAAUCAUGGCCAUACCUUUUGUUGAGGACUGGGAUCUGGUGCAGACACUAGGAGAGGGAGCUUACGGAGAGGUACAGCUGGCUGUGAACCGGAAGACUGAGGAGGCGGUGGCCGUGAAGAUUGUGGAUAUGAAACGAGCAGCAGAUUGCCCAGAAAACAUAAAGAAAGAGAUAUGUAUCAAUAAAAUGCUCACCCAUGCCAAUAUUGUCAAGUUCUUCGGGCACCGCAAAGAAGGCAACGUUCAGUAUCUGUUCCUGGAGUACUGCAGGGGAGGCGAACUCUUCGAUAGAAUUGAGCCAGAUGUCGGCAUGCCAGAGCAGGAGGCGCAGAAGUUCUUUCAGCAGCUCAUUGCUGGCGUGGAAUAUCUUCAUGGUCUUGGAAUUACACAUCGCGAUAUAAAACCUGAAAACUUGCUUCUGGAUGACAGAGAUCAGCUAAAGAUCUCAGAUUUUGGCUUGGCCACCGUUUUCAGACAUAACGGGCGGGAGCGUCUCCUGAAUAAAAUGUGUGGGACACUGCCCUAUGUAGCACCUGAGCUAAUAAAGCUGCGAGCCUUCCAUGCUGAACCCGUGGACAUCUGGUCUUGUGGGAUUGUCCUGACAGCAAUGUUAGCUGGAGAGCUGCCAUGGGAUCAGCCUAACGAUGCAUGUCAAGAAUAUUGUGACUGGAAGGAGACAAAACACUACCUCAAUCCAUGGAAAAAGAUUGAUUCCUUGCCUCUUGCGCUGCUGUGUAAACUCCUAACAGAAACCCCCAGUACUCGAAUUACUAUUCCAGACCUCAAGAAAGACCGUUGGCUUACCAAACCCCUGAAGAAAGUUGGUGUAAAAAGACAGCGGCUAUGCUCCGGAGGUGCAACCGAAACAUCUGAAGUUCUCAGUAAACACAUUCGUAGUGAUGCGGACAGGUUUCCUGUUGCUUUGCUAUGCAGUGAUGAGAAGACGACGCAUUCCAGCACACAGCCUGAGCCUCGCACAGCCCUCCCGUCCUGGGACAGUAGCUCCUCGAAUAUAGACAGCCUGGUGCAGGGUAAAGGAAUCAGUUUCUCUCAGCCGGCCUGUCCAGAAAACAUGCUGCUAAGCAGCCAACUGAUGGGCACUCCUGGCGCCUCCCAGAACCCAUGGCAACGUUUAGUGAAAAGGAUGACCCGGUUCUUCACCAAUGUUAAUGCCGAAAAUACUUAUAAUAAUCUGAAGGAUAAAUGCGAAAAGAUGGGCUAUGUCUGGAAGAAAGGCUGUGCCAAUCAGGUGACAAUUUCCACCACUGACAGACGAAACAACAAAUUAAUUUUUAAGGUUAAUUUGGUGGAGUUGGAGGAAAGAAUAUUACUGGAUUUCCGCCUUUCAAAGGGUGAUGGUCUGGAGUUCAAGCGACAUUUCCUGAAGAUAAAGAAAAAGCUGGAAGACAUAGUGGCCAUUCAGAAAGUUGUUGUGUCCAUCACCUGAGUAUGGAGUUCAGGAUUUGCGAUAAUUUGUUGCUGACCCACUUUCAUUGCUGUUAAGUACUAGUUCCGGACUCCUUUUUAUUGCUGUUAGGACCUGUAGUUGUGGUCAAUGAAGGCAUGUGGGGGUUGGGGGGCAUUUGGGAUGCUCCCAGCUUUCUUGGAGAAGGAGGAGAUCCAUUUAUUUCAAGGUGCAGUCAUAUUCACAGUGGCCUUCACAAAAUGUUUCUGUGCCUUUUAAUGCCGGAUCUCACUAGUGCUUCCUUGGCACGUUUGGUAAUGUUACACAGUUGUGAAGCUUGCAGAG